AUGGAGCACAGGGAGAUGGUGGAUAAAUAUCCCCACGUCCUCAUACUACAUUUGGAAAACUCUCGAGUGCUGCUCUUUGCCCCCAAGUUCCCCAAGGGACUGGGCUCUAUUCACUCCCGCCGUGUUGUACUGUCUUGCCUAAGUGGGGCCUCCCCCUUUUUUGGAGACACUAAGCAAGAAACAUUAGCAAAUGUAUCUGCUGUCAACUAUGAAUUUGAGGAAGAGUACUUCAGUAAUACCAGUGCCCUAGCCAGAGAUUUCAUAAGAAAACUCCUCAUCAAAGAUCCAAAGAAGAGAAUGACAAUUCAAAAUAGUUUGCAGCAUCCCUGAAUCAAGCCUAAAGAUUCCCAACAAGCACUUAGUAGAAAAGCAUCGGCAGUAAACAUAGAAAAAUUCAAGAAGUUUGCAGCCCGGAAAAAAUGGAAACAAUCCGUCCGCUUGAUAUCACUGUGCCAAAGGUUGUCCCAGUUGUUCUUGUCCAGAAGUAACAUGAGUGUUGCCAGAAGUGACGACACUUUGGAUGAGGAGGACUCCUUUGUGAUGAAAGCCAUCAUCCAUGCCGUCAACAACGACAACGUCCCAGGCCUGCAGCACCUCCUGGGCUCAUUGUCCAACUAUGAUGUCAAUCAACCCAACAAGCAUGGGACACCUCUGUUACUUAUUGCUGCUGGCUGUGGGAAUAUUCAAAUACUACAGUUGCUCCUUAAAAGAGGCUCAAGAAUCGAUGUCCAGGAUAAAGGUGGCUCCAAUGCCAUCUACUGGGCCUCACGGCAUGGCCACAUAGAGACCUUGACAUUUCUCAGUGUGAACAGAUGCCCUUUGGAUGUUAAAGACAAGUCUGGAGAGACAGCCCUUCACAUGGCAGCUUGCUAUGGCUAAGCCGAUGUGGUUCAAUUACUGUGCAGCUUCGGCUCUAACCCCAAUUUCCAGGACAAGGUGGGUCAUGGAAGAAGAAACCCCCUACACUGUGCUGCCUGUCAUGGCUGUUACUCUGUGGCCAAAGCCCUCUGUGAAGCAGGCUGCAAUAUGAACAUUAAGAACUGAGAGGGAGAGACACCCCUCUUGAGAGCCUCUGCCCGGGGCUACCAAGACAUUGUGGAGUGCCUGACUGAACAUGGAGCCGACCUUAAUGCCUCUGAUAAGGACGGACACAUUGCUCUUCAUCUUGCUGUGAGACGAUGUCAGAUGGAGGUCAUCCAGACUCUCCUCAGCCAGGGAUGUUUCGUCGAUUUCCAAGACAGGCAUGGCAACACCCCUCUGCACGUGGCCUGCAAAGACGGCAACGUGCCUAUUGUGGUGGCCCUCUGUGAAGCCAGCUGCAGCUUGGAUAUCUCAAACAAGUAUGGACGAACGCCUCUGCACCUUGCAGCCAACAAUGGGAUUCUGGACGUGGUCCGCUACCUCUGCCUGACAGGCGCCAACGUGGAGGUGCUGACCUCAGAUGGAAAGACAGCAGAAGAUCUUGCUAAAUCAGAACAGCAUGAGCAUGUAGCAGGUCUCCUUGCAAGACUCCGAAAGGACGCGCACCGAGGACUCUUCACCCAGCAGCUGCGACCCACACAGAACCUCCAGCCGAGGAUCAAACUGAAGCUGUUCGGCCAUUCUGGGUCUGGGAAAACCACCCUCGUGGAGUCUCUCAAGUGCGGGCUGCUGAGGAGUUUUUUCAGAAGACGCCGGCCCAGACUCUCCUCCACCAACUCCACCCGGUUCCCGCCUUCACCCCUGGCCUCCAGGCCUGCAGUCUCUGUGAGCAUCAGCACCCUGUACCCGGGCUGUGAGAAUGUGAGCGUGAGGAGCCGCAGCAUGAUGUUCGAGCCAGGCCUCACCAAAGGGACGCUGGAGGUGUUGGUGGCCCCGUCCCACCACCCACACUGUUCUGCCGAUGACCAGUCCACUAAAGCCAUCGACAUCCAGAACGCCUAUCUGAAUGGAGUCGGUGAUUUCAGUGUGUGGGAAUUCUCCGGAAAUCCUGUAUACUUCUGCUGUUACGACUAUUUUGCUGCAAAUGAUCCCACAUCCAUCCAUGUCAUCGUUUUUAGUCUGGAAGAACCCUAUGAGAUCCAGCUGAACCAAGUGAUUUUCUGGCUUAGUUUCCUGAAGUCCCUUGUGCCAGUUGAAGAGCCUAUAGCCUUCGGUGGCAAGCUGAAGAACCCACUCCGAGUUGUCCUGGUGGCCACCCACGCCGACAUCAUGAAUGUCCCACGUCCAGCUGGAGGCGAGUUUGGAUAUGACAAAGACAUAUCGUUGCUGAAAGAGAUCAGGAAUAGGUUCGGGAAUGAUCUUCACAUUUCAAAUAAGCUGUUUGUUCUGGAUGCUGGGGCUUCAGGCUCUAAGGACAUGAAGGUGCUUCGAAAUCACCUGCAAGAAAUACGGAGCCAGAUUGUUUCAGUAUGCCCUGCAAUGACUCAUCUAUGUGAGAAAAUCAUCUCCACUCUGCCUUCCUGGAGGAAGCUCAAUGGGCCCAACCAGCUGAUGUCCCUACAGCAGUUCGUGUAUGAUGUGCAGGACCAACUGAACCCCCUGGCCAGUGAGGAGGACCUCAGGUGCAUAGCCCAGCAGCUACACAGCACUGGCGAGAUUAAUAUCAUGCAGAGUGAAACCGUGCAGGACGUUCUGCUCCUGGAUCCCCGCUGGCUCUGCACCAAUGUCCUGGGGAAACUUCUAUCUGUUGAGACCCCACGGGCCCUGCACCAUUACCGGGGCCGCUACACCAUGGAGGAUGUCCAGCGCUUGGUGCCUGACAGUGACGUGGAGGAGCUGCUGCAGAUCCUAGAUGCCAUGGACAUCUGCGCCCGGGACCUGAGCAGUGGUACAAUGGUGGACAUACCUGCCCUGAUUAAGACAGACAACCUGCACCGCUCCUGGACAGAUGAAGAGGAUGAGGUGAGGGUCUAUGGUGGUGUGCGCAUCGUCCCUGUGGAGCACCUCACCCCCUUCCCAUGUGGCAUCUUUCACAAGGUCCAGGUGAACCUGUGCCGGUGGAUCCACCAGCAGAGCACCGAGGGGGACGCGGACAUCCGUCUGUGGGUAAAUGGCUGUAAGAUUGCCAACCGAGGGGCCGAGCUGCUGGUGCUCCUAGUCAACCACGGCCAGGGCAUCGAGGUCCAGGUGCGAGGUCUGGAGACAGAAAAGAUCAAGUGUUGCCUCCUGCUGGACUCAGUGUGCAGCACCAUUGAGAACGUCAUGGCCACCACGCUGCCAGGGUUGUUGACGGUAAAGCAUUACCUAAGCCCCCAGCAGCUGAGGGAGCACCAUGAGCCUGUCAUGAUCUACCAGCCGCGGGACUUCUUCCGGGCACAGACCUUGAAGGAGACCUCGCUGACUAACACCAUGGGUGGGUACCGGGAAAGCUUCAGCAGCAUCAUGUGCUUUGGGUGUCAUGACAUCUACUCGCAGGCCAGCCUGGGGAUGGACAUCCACGCAUCAGAUCUGAACCUCCUGACCCAGAGGAAACUGUGUCGCCUGCUGGACCCACCUGAUCCCAUGGGGAAGGACUGGUGCCUUCUUGCCAUGAACCUGGGUCUCCCUGACCUUGUGGCAAAGUACAACACCAAUAAUGGGGUGCCCAAGGAGUUUCUCCCAAGCCCAGUCCAUGCACUGCUCCGGGAAUGGACUUCCUUCCCUGAGAGCACAGUGGGCAUCCUCAUGUCCAAACUGCGGGAGCUGGGGCGCCGCGAUGCCGCAGACUUUCUACUGAAGGCGUCCUCUGUGUUCAAAAUCAACCUUGAUGGCAAUGGCCUGGAGGCCUAUGACUCAAGCUGCAACAGUGGCACAUCUUAUAAUUCCAUUAGCUCCGUUGUGUCCCGGUGAGGGCUGCUUUGUCUUGGACAGGGUCUUUUAGGGCUGCAGAAGCAAGGGGGAUAUAGCCCAUCUUUCCAUGGGACAUUCUGGGUACAUCCCGACUUCUGCCCACUUCAUGCAGGAUGCCACCCUCCCUCCUGCUUCACCUACUUCUCUGCCGCUACCUCCCUCCUGCUCAGACAUUCUGUUGUGUCAAUAAUCUUUCUAGUUCAAGAGCAGACUACAUUCUUUCCGUUGACCAUUUGAAAAGCUAUCAUCCCUUCCCUCCAUGUUCUGGGUUCCAUUUCUCAAUUUCCAGUAUCUUGAUUCUUACUGUUAAUUUUACUGGAAUUCCUAUCUUUUCAAUGAAAUUUUUUAAUUACUAUGUUGAGUGUCCCUUUAAAAAAAAA